UCUUUCCACCCCGCUGUCGAAAAGCAUAGCUCACAAGUCCCGGAAGCCACAAGGACUAUCCACCUCAAAGCUGAGCGCCGAUUUUUGCCCAUCCUUGGCUACCGCUGCUAAAAGAUAGCGAGCUAUCAUAGCUACACUCUUACACUUUUCCUCUCGAGCGAACAACAUUCGUGAAAAAAGAAAUGGCAGAGCCCUUCUCCAUAGCUGCCAGCGGUUUGGCCGUCAUUCACCUCGGUGUGAAAGUUUACCAGCUUUGCUAUGAGUACUGCGAAGUAGUCAAAGAGAGCCAACAAGAUUUCAAGAAACUAGGAGACGAAAUCAAGAGUAUUGACAAACAGCUGAACGAGAUACAGAGCCUUGCUGUGCAGGGCGAUAGGAAAAACCCGCGAUAUCCCGAGCUCCUUGAAUGGACGAAGAACGAUAGUUUGAAAGGCUAUCAGGCUGCCCUGGAGGAGCUGAAGGACAAGUUAGAUGUCCCGGGAUGGAGGAAAGCCUCCAGGAAAUUACUUUGGCCAGUUCAUAAGCCAAAAAUGGAGCGUUACCUAGGCUUAGUUGCGGAGCAGAGAUCAAAGCUUCAAGUGUUGUUAGAAACCGCCACUAUGUAGGUUAUUCAUUCCUCGGUGCCCUGAGAAUCUAACUUCUCCACUUCCUCUUCUCUCUUGUCUUUUUUGUUUUUUUGCCAGUUACCGGGCUAACGGGUUGUAUAGGAAGACGGUAGCAAUGAUGUCGCAAAAACAAGAUGGUACUUGGUCACAUUAUCCCUAACCCUACUAAUUAUUUUGUGUACUAAUAUCCGACAUUACUAAAACUACAGAGGGAGAGUUCCGAGAAGUACAGAGAGAGUUCCGAGAAGUACAGAGAGAGUUCCGCGAAGUGCAGAGAUGGCUUAAUGUCGUUGAUCCUGCCACAAAUUUUUCAUCUGCACUUGCCGUUCGCGAACCCGGUACGGGGAAUUGGCUGCUGGAGGCACCUGAUUAUAAGAACUGGAAGGGAGGUAGUGGGGGCGUUUUCUGGCUUCAUGGAAUGCGUGAGUCUAUGGAUGAGUGAAAUCUUAUGCUCCAGGAAAUGUCACUAACAUUUGUGUCUUGUAGCUGGAUGUGGCAAGAGCGUCCUAAGGUGCGAGCCUAAUCGCAUGUGCGAAGGUGCAAUAUAACUUCUUUUACUAACUAGCACUUUAGCGCUACCGUCAUUGAAGAUAUCCAAAGCCUAUGCAGCAUGAGCGACGAUUGUGCAUUAGCCUAUUUUUACUUUACUUUCAGUGACUCGCAGAAGCAAAAUUUGGCCAAUAUGCUCCUAUCUCUCAUUGGCCAACUACUCCGAGCGCCUUCCGACCCGGUUUUACCCGAUGAGAUCAUGAAAUUGUAUCACAACUCCAAGGCGAUUGGGACGUCACCAAAUAUAAAAGAUCUGCAAACCGUAUUUUCAUGCAUCGCGAAGCUUUCCAAAAAGGCCUUCAUUAUUUUAGACGCCGUGGACGAAUUCCCCAAGGAGACACGGGGGAGUGUCCUAUCUUGGAUUAGCGAGCUUAGGGCGAAUCACAAUGCACAAUCCUUGUCCAUUCUCGUCACUAGCCGUCCCGAGACAGAUAUAGUGAGAUCCCUAGAACCAGUUACCGCUUUUGCAAUAUCCCUGCAAUCCGAAAUUAUCGAUGCAGAUAUCCGCGCAUAUAUACAGAAUUCUUUAGACGGCAAGGAUGGCUUCAAGAAAUUUACCAAGGAAAUUAGGAGUGAGAUAGAGGACACACUCGUUUCUCGUGCACAAGGAAUGUAUGUUAUACUCAAUUUUCCAGUCUUUAACUUAGGCUGAUACAAGGUUGGAUAUGUGAAGGUUCCGAUGGGUAGAUUGCCUUUUACGAAUUCUCCAGGAAUGCAUAACGCCAAAGGCUGUUAGAGGCGCCUUGAAUGGACUGCCGAAAGACUUAGAUUCUGUCUACUUAAGGAUCCUUGAGAGCAUUCAUGAGACACAGAGGGAAUACAUUCAGCGUGCGAUGCAUUGGCUCUCAUUUUCGGCGGAACCAUUGACCUUAGGCCAACUUGCGGAGGCAGUUGUGAUCGAAUACGACGUCAACAAGUAUGGCGAAGAUCCAGAAGCUCUUUUUGAGAUAGAGUCCCUCAUGAGCAUUUGCCCA